AUGUUGCACUUUGCCACAGUGCUGGGCCCCAAAUGGACCAUCGUGUUAUUCACCAUCGAGGAGCACUGGGUGGUGCCCUCGUCGCCGGCAUUCCAUCGCGCCCUUGACGAGCGCCGCAUCAAUGUCCGCUUCCUCCCGCCUAACACUGCGCUUAGCGAUAGCCAGUCGGUCUCGCGCUUCCUCACUAAGCCGUGGAUAUGGGAGCAGGUGCAGAUCGCCCGCCGCAUUCUGCUCUUCCAGACCGACAGCAUCGUCUGCUCCAAGGCCGAGGCCGCUAUCGACGACUUUCUACAGUACGACUUCAUCGGUGCGCCUAUCAGCCCCGAGUUCGGGGUGGGCUAUAAUGGCGGGCUAUCGAUCCGCAACCCGAAGCUCUUCCUUAAUAUCACCCGGGACGCUAGCUUCGACACGAGUGGCAUAGGCUUCGAGGACCAGUGGUUUUACACUGAAUCUAAGGCCCGCGAGGCUAAUGGGGUUAACCUCCCAGACGAGGCCGUUGCAAAGACGUUUGCCGUCGAGACGAUUUACUACGAGACGCCGCUCGGCUAUCACCAGCCGACAAGGUGGCAACCUGAUCAUAUAGAGGCUAUCGAGCAGUACUGUCCCGAGGUGAAGAUGCUUACUGGCCGACGAGCUAUCUAA